AUGGCGUCUCCCAGUGCCCGAAAAAGAUGUAUCCCAGAGGCCGAACUCAUCAAUAGAACGACCCUCCUUUCGCACUGGAGCAUUACAAAGUCAGCCCCUUUGUUUGCCAAAUGUUCAUCCUCUUUACCUUCGCUGUGUACGCCUGAGGAUUCCCCAAAGUCCACUUUGGACACCCUUUUUGCAUAUUUCCGGCGCUCUUCGCCAAAGUCUCCAAUUACGGGCGUCUCUUGUAACGCCAGCGAGGAAACCUUGAUACCGCUUCGCCCCAUUUCAAUGAAUCUCACCCAUGCAAUGACACCAGAAAUGUCACCUUCGAAAGCCGAAGCAGGCACCAUGCAUUUGCAGCAAAACUUCGGAAUUCCAGCCAAACUUGCAGCCAAGGCGGUUUCGCAAUCAAUUGCAUUACCACGGUACGCAAAAUCGCUUACGCGCUCGCCCCUGAAAACGGCGACGCAACGAAAAGUUGUCCGUCCUGCAUGCAGAUCGCCGAUGCCACGACGACUUAUCUCGUCGCUCGAUAACUAUGCCACACCAUCUUGUGUGGAGCUGCAGGAUGAGGCGAUACCGUUGGGACUACCCAUACUCGAUGUCAGAUCAAAGGAAGCGAUCCCACGGAUUUCGCCAGAAACUCUGGCUAGCUUACUUGAGGGCGAAUAUGCGACGACCUACUCUACAAUCCAUAUCAUCGACGCUCGUUUCCCGUACGAGUACCAUGGCGGACACGUUGCAGGAGCACUUUCUUGCUCGUCCACAAACACUUUGGAGUCGAUUUUCUUUAACGAGACCAUUCUAAAUCAGCAGGAUGCCGUUCAAAAUCGGACAGCAAUUAUAUUUCAUUGCGAGUUUAGCUCACAUCGGGCACCUUCGCUUGCCCUUUUUAUGCGCAAGCGGGACCGUUCUCUAAAUGCAUAUCCAAAGCUUUUCUAUCCGGAGCUUUACAUCCUGCAUGGAGGAUAUCGCGAGUUUUUCAGGCGGUACGUGGGAUAUUGCCAGCCACCACAAUAUCGUCAGAUGCAUGAUCCUGCAUUCAAAGACGAGCUCCGGAUUGAGAUGCGGCUCUUCCGAGCAGCCUCCGCGCGCCAUGCAAGGCAUUCCUUCCUACUGGAUCCAGCCAUAGAGGAUCCUACUAGCGAGGAGGAAGAUGACCAUAGCCUUUCUCUCGCGUUCGAUGCGAGCUAA